UUGAUACGGACGACUGUCGAGCUGAGAAAGGAGCAGAAUUUUUGGGAGUAUGAGAGAGAAGUCAAUGAGAAGACAACAUUUUAAAGGCUGAAGGCAUCAAAAUUAAAGCAGGACAUCAUUUCAACUGACUUCUAAGGAGGAACAACACCAUUAUCAUGGUAACCCUGAACCCUCAAACUCUCACCACGCCAAUAGGAAUAAUCAGACUCUUUGAAUUUGCACUAACUCUCAUUACCUUCAGCCUGGUGGCUUCUGAAGGCCACGAUGGCCGUUCAUUCUGGGCCUGGUGCAUGUUCACAUGGUGCUUCUGCUGUUUCGUGACGCUCCUCAUUAUCAUCCUGGAGUUCACCAGCCUGAACACCAAGGUGCCCAUUUCUUGGGAUGACUUCACUACGGCUUUUGCGAUGCUGUCUACGCUCAUGCAAUUGGCCGCUUCGGUCAUCUACCCCACGAUCUUCAUAUGCUCCUCGUGUUCGAUCAGGAUCGCGGCCACGGUGACGUCCUGCGUGUGCUUUGGCCUAUACGCGGCCGAGGUUGGACUGGCCCGAGCCAAACCCGGGGAGAUCAGCGGGUUCCUGUCCACCGUGCCGGGCUUGCUGAAGGUUCUGGAGGCGUUCGUAGCUUGCAUCAUCUUCAUCUCUUUGAAUUCAGGUGUUUACAGCAGGUUUCCUGGGCUUCAGUGGUGCGUGGCUGUGUACUCGAUUUGCUUCAUCAUUGCUCUCCUCAUCAUCAUCCUCACAAUUUGCAGGUUGUUGGCUCGAAUCCCCUUCCCGCUGGACAAAUGUUUGACGGGGUACAACAUACUGGCUGUUUUAAUGUACCUCACGGCUGUGGUGAUAUGGCCCGUCUACAGUUUCCAUUACCUCAGACCAUCAGAUUGCACUGGCCAAUGCUGGGACAACCUGGUUGUUGUGACCUGCAUGACUUGCAUUAAUCUGAUCGUCUACAUCGUGGAUACGGUUUACUCAGUGCGUCUGGUGUUCUUCAUUUCACCUGCUUAGAAAACCAAAAUAAAUGCUUGUGAUGUAUAGUUGUGAAAUGUAAAAUCUAUUAAAUGUAGCCAGACUGUGGCAUCAGCUUGUUAUACGCAGCUUUAAAUAUGCACAUACUGAUUUUGAUCUCAUAUUACUAUAUACUAAACUGACUGAUAGUUUAUUGAUAUUAAUGCAUUCUGAAAAAAAUUUGGCCUGAUGAGAAUUUUUACAAAUAAAAAAUGUGAUAUGACAAACAUAUAAUGUAUAAUCAUUUAAACAUGAAUUUUAUGUUCACAGAUACAUUUUGUUUAGGAUCAGAAAGAUUUUUGGGAUCAGUAAAGUUUUUUAAAAGAAGUUUCUUCUGCUCAUCCAGGUUGCAUUUAUUUGAUCAAAA